GUCUCCUGGACGAGAAUGUCAUAUAUGAAACUGGUGUCGCUGUGUGUCGCAGCUCCGCCUGUGACGGGCCUGCUGCUGGGCGGCUCGGUGCUGGCGGCCAGUGAGGCGAAGAAGAAGAGCUCUCACGCUGCUCUGAGCAUCGAUGAGCUGCCGUCGUUGUACACCAGCCCCGAGGUGGAGCCUCAGCAUGUGGAGCCAGAGGCCGGGCCGCUGGAGCACAGCGUCGCAUCGCUGAGGAAGUUAACGCAACCGUACACGACCCAGUGCCAGCAAACAGGCCGAGCUGCAGUGGAGAAAGUUGAGCGAGUUUACAAGAUUGUAGAGCCGACAAUCAACACCUCCAUAACCACGGUCACAGAUGUGUACCAGUUCCUCAGGGACCCCCCUCCUGACCUCUACCCCAGUGUUGCGGUGGUGGGCUUCUCUGGCUUCCUGGGACUUUAUGUGGCCAAAGGCUCCAGAGUGAAGCAGCUGCUGUUCCCGGCUGGACUUAUGGCGCUGACGGCCUCCAUGUUUUACCCUCAGCAGGCGGCGGCGCUACUGAAGGUGAGCGACCAUAUUCAGACUGAGGAGGAGUGAUG